GGGUUUAUUUGUAAGUUAACAUCUAAUACGAGUCUUGUCUUAUGUUAACCAAAUAAUAGUGAUGACAAAUCAACCUUUACAUUUCAAUAUCACCAUUAUAACCAAAGUUAAUCAGUUUCAUUUGUAACAUUAUUAACCUUAACCUUCAAUUAGCAAAUUAAUUAACUAUAAGAUUAAUAUAAUAUUUAUGCAUUUAAUGUGCGUUUAGCGUUUGUUUUGUGUUUACUUAUUGUGCGCUCUCAUUUCAACCAGUUAGACCAAAGAAAAAGGUUUAACUUUUCUGGUCAUUUUCACCACUCGAUUUGGUUCUGUUUGUUUUCAGUGUUCAACCCAAAUAACAUCUUCAAGCAUUCAUCUGGUUUAUUAUUUGGUUUAUUUAUAUUUUUGGUGAAUGUAUCGGUGAAUUAAUUGGUAAAUUAACUGGUGAAAUAAUGGUUACCAUUAAGUUUCCAUCCAUUGAGAAGCAAAAUGAAUUUCAUGCUAACUUGGAUAUUACUAAGGAAUCUAAACUGCCAUCUUUAACAAUUGUUUAAUGGUCUAAUUUUAAUCUUCCUUGCCUAGGAGACGUUCAAUUUAAAUUAAUUGUGUCUGCUUAUUUCUUCAAGUGGCUUGUAUAUUAUUCAAUUGUUGGUUAAUUAUUCAAUUUAAAAUGACAAUUUGUCAAGAUAUCAACUGUUUUCAAACACCUUAUCGGCAAGAUGCUUCGCCUUAUGGACGUGAAGUUACCUUUGAUUGGAAGGUAAUUGAUUAUUGUGAUCAACAAAAGCUUCUUCCCUACCAAUGGACCAGAUCAGCUAAAUGUAUUCUCGUUGGUGAUGUUGGUGUUGGUAAAACAUCUUUACUUAAAAGAUCCUCUUGUGAUGAAUUUACAUUUGAACAUAAGGAUACCAUUGGAGUUGAUUUUGAGAUACAAAAAUUUUCCAUUUUAGGAAAUCAUUUCGAUCUUCAGAUUUGGGACACUGCUGGCCAGGAAAGAUUCCGUUCAUUGGCAAGCUCGUAUUUUCGUGGAUCAAAUGUUGCUUUGAUUGUUUUUGAUUUAACCAAUGUUAAAUCGUUACUCAGUACACUUAAUUGGUCCCGUGAAGUCCUCAAGUGUACAAAAAAUCCAAUCAUUUUUCUCGUUGGAUCCAAGAGUGAUGCUGUUUCUCCAGCUGCCCGAGAAUUCAAUGAAUCCGAGGCAAUGAAAAUAGCUGAAAGACUGAAAGCUGAAUAUUGGUCAGUCUCAGCUCGAACAGGUGAAAAUGUUAUCGCAUUGUUUCACCGAAUCUCCUGUUUAACCUUUCAAAAAAUUAUUCGAGAGCGAAUUGAAGAAAUGGAAGCCAUCAAAAGUUCACCUCACCUUACUGUGCCUGUCAAAUCUCUUCCAUUGAGACCCACAACGAGUAUAAUCACUUUGAAUAAGAAAAAGAAAGUAUCAACAAUCAAGAAUUGUCUAAACCUCAGAAGAUUUUAUAAACCAAAGUGACAAUCGCAAAGAUACAACGAGUCUAUCUGGAGGAACACAAAAGACUCUGAUUUGAAACUAGUCUUUGAUUUGGUUUACAGUUUGGUAAUGGAAUCAAGGAUAAACCAGGGUUUUGCAGUUAUUUCACUUCCAACCAAGUGUGGAGUUGGAUUAGCUGAUUCACUUUUAUUUUUGAGCGUUUCCGAUGGGAAUGACUGUAAUAUAUUUCAUUGCAAUCGAUACAAUACAAACCAAAGUUAAAUCAUACCGACCCAAUUUAGUAAUCAUCCUAGAAAUUGAUAUCUUUCUCUGUAAUUUGUUGAAUAUCACUCAUGAAUAUUUUGUGAUGCAUCUUUAAAUUUUUUUAUUCUUUGCUCAAAGCUGGCCCAAUUAAUUAGUUCAAUCUGAUAUGAAUAAUCCUUCAAGAUUAUUGAUGCCCUUUGCAUUGGUACUAAUUACACCAAAAAUGGGAAUCUUUUGUUGAUCUGUUAAAUCAGAUUGGCAUGAAUGUAAAUAUUGUAUUAAAAUAAACAAUUUUUUAUCUAAUUAA